UCGUCCUGAUUCCUCCAAGGCAGAGGGCAGCAGGACUGGCAUAACUGAGAAUCCACAAGGAGCAGCAUCACUUGUCCCCUUUUGUCUUUGGAAAGGCAGGAGGAGGGGGCAAGUUGGAGGCGGAGGAGAGGGAGCAGCUGAUGGGUACCGCUUCUCGCCCCACCCAUAUGUGAGCGGAUCCUGGGAGAUAGCAGCAAUAGCAGCAGAAUCUACACAUCACACGGAGACACAGGAUACCACGACUGAGAUUUCUUUGAUUCCUCGCUGGCCGCAGCAUCUUAGCACUGGUACUGUACAGCCAGCACGUAUAAUUCCACCCUCACCCGCCCGCCUUCCACCACCGAGACACUGUAGUGUUAGAGAGCCGCCCCUGCACACAGCGACAAGAGGUGUAUUCGGGGACUGCGCGCAAGGCUCUGGUUUGGGUAUUCGGUCGCCGUCGUACUGGAGAUGCUGGCCUUAUUCAACAAGCUCUUAGACUGGUUCAAGGCGCUUUUUUGGAAGGAGGAGAUGGAGCUCACCUUGGUGGGGCUGCAGUAUUCCGGGAAGACCACCUUUGUCAACGUGAUUGCGUCGGGACAGUUCAAUGAGGACAUGAUUCCGACUGUUGGAUUUAACAUGCGGAAGAUCACCAAGGGUAAUGUAACCAUAAAGCUCUGGGAUAUAGGAGGGCAGCCACGUUUUCGAAGUAUGUGGGAGAGAUACUGUCGAGGAGUUAGUGCUAUUGUUUACAUGGUGGAUGCAGCAGAUCAAGAUAAAAUCGAGGCAUCGAAAAAUGAACUGCAUAAUUUACUGGACAAAGCUCAACUGCAAGGAAUCCCAGUUCUGGUGCUGGGGAACAAAAGAGACAUUCCUGGGGCUCUAGAUGAGAAAGAAUUAAUAGAGAGAAUGAAUCUUUCUGCCAUUCAGGACAGGGAGAUCUGCUGCUACUCAAUUUCUUGCAAAGAGAAGGACAAUAUUGACAUCACUCUACAGUGGCUUAUCCAGCACUCCAAAUCCCGAAGAAGCUGAGAAGACCUAACUCGUAUCUCCCAUCUUAAAGUAUCCUGGACUGUGUUUUGUGUCUGGGACUCAAUCAUAGAACCGUAAAAAAAGGAAAGGCACCCAAGUCCCUGAAACUCUCUCUAACCCAACAUCUCUCUGUGUAUUCUCUUUCUCAUCUGCCCUCUCUUUCUCCCCGUCUCUUUUUAAUGGUAUUUUUACACUCUCACUUACCUUUGUAGCAUAAGGUUCCUACCACCUUUUAGGCUUGCUCCCUUCUUUCUCUUGCAUCCUUUUACCUUUUUAUCGUUGUUAAGGUGCGUGUAAGUGUGUAUAUAAAA